AUGAACUCUGAACAAAGUUAUAUAUGUGAACAACUAGUAAAAUUAGCAUUGAAAUCACAACCUGUUUUACCAUCGUCAUCAUCAUCAUCAUCCAGUUUACGUGUUGGUCAAAUUCUACAACUUCGUGGUCGUUUAAACUGUUUCCGUGGAAGGUUAAAACUUAAUGCAUAUUUUUGUCGUUCAAUCAAGGAUGAAGGGGAAUUGCUAAAUCAUAUAAUUCAUAGAUAUCAUUUACAUCAAGAGAUUUAUUCACAUCCUUAUGAUCCGGCGAUUGUUGCUGAAAAUGUCAAAAAAUGUCAUGUAGUAAGUUUAAAAAAAAAAUUAUCAAUAGAGUAA